AUACCGUUAAAGACCAAGUAAUUGUUAAUUGUUGGAAGAAGACCAGAAUUCUAUCAUCAGUUUCCUAUGAAGAAAUAGAAGUUGCUAUUAAGAGUCAGGAUAUGUUGUUAGAACAGCAAGAAGAGGAUGUCAAUGACUUGGUAAUAGACUUGACCUCUCAAGAUCCAGAAAUUAAAAGCCAAUUAAAUACAUAUUUAGAUCUCAAUCCUGAUGACUCAGAUAAAGAACAACCAGAAAUUUCUAUUUCAGAAGGGCUAAUGAGUUUAAAUAAAUUUAUUAGUUUUUUUGAACAACAAAUUGAUGCAGAUUUCAAAGCUAAAAAUCUUAAAAUUUUUCAAAAAUACUUAGCAUUGUUAAACCGAAAAUAUAGAGAAUCUAAGCGCCAAGCAUCUAUUAGUGAUUUCUUUACACAAUUAAAUAAUGAGAAUAAUUAUGAUGUAUUGUGA